AUGCCCAUUCCUGCGUCCAUUGCUGUCAAGCCUCGAAAGCAUGGAAAAUUGGUUCGUGCGACUUCUCGCAAGCUGAGACUUAACGACUCAAUGACUUUGCAGCCAUUGUCUUCCACUGGAUCAGUAUCAUUUGAACUUGCGUCACCUCCUGCCUACUCGUUCACAGAAGAUGAUAGGCUCCAUACCUUUCCCAGCGAAGACCCAGUGCAGGCGAUUCUACGGCAAGCUUGUGAGGGCCAGCAUAGAAGAUGUGACGAGCUCCUGCAGACGUCCUUGCUUAGGAAUGAUCAUGCCAUACGCGACAUCAUGCCUCAAAAACAUGGCUUUGUUCAUACAGUUUUGGAGGCGUAUAAUAACCAUCGAUCAUUAAUCAUCCGCCCAGACGAUGUCUGGCUAGCUAUACUGAUUCAAUUCAAACUUUUCGUGGAUGGAAACCCCGAACUUCUGCGUCGAUAUUUUGUUAACCAUGAAGGUCAGAAGUUCAUGGAAAUCAGCCCAGGUGAUCGGUACUCGAUGAACACUAUGGAAAUUUCGCGGCAAGUAUCAGUACUUAUGCUAGAGACUAUCGUCGACGUCGAUCUUCGAGAAUGGAUUCUGCCGCAAUUCUCAACCACCACGCUGGCCGAUACUACGACGUGUGCCAUCGUCAUGAUGGCAGCGAUGAAGGAGCGCUUUUCUCAUGAGUAUCACCUAUCAAGUGGGAUUCCUCGAGUAACGCUUGAUGGAGAGAAAAAGGACUGGGAAAAUAUUCUUAUUCGGAUAGAAAGGUUGAAGAGAUACGGGAUAAAAGCUAUUGCAUGGUAUCACCUCCUACGCCCCGUCAUUUCACGGAUUAUUGCCGCAUGCGACUCCCCCAACAGUGCUCAAAAUCUCGAAUUCUGGAAUAGGAUCGUACACUACGAAGCCAGAGGAAGCUCUUCGCCUCUGCUUACAGGGUGGAUUACGGCAUUUUGUGUAUUUAACGAGCAAGGAAUCUGGCAGGGAAACCCGUUGAACGAAAGUCGUGGGCAGAGCGAUGAGCGGAAGAAACUCCUACGCCCUGCUAAUCCAAUAUCGCUGACGCCCGUGCAAUUUACGUCUGUAUACACCUUCCCCGAGCGGAACCGCAAUCCAUACCUGACACUCGAUGGUUUCCCGUAUCCGAGGAUCGAUAGCGACAAUUUGCCGGCUGGUUAUGGUCACUUGGACAUCAAACUGAGCGACAAUGGCGAGUUGUUUGACACUGUACUGGUCGCAGGUUCUAUUGGAUCUCAGAUAUGCUCUCUUGAGAUAUCCGAGCUUUUUCGAAACGGGCUCAGGGAUACGAUUAGACCUGUCGCAGGCUGGUGGUUUUUUACCAAAAGGAGAGAAACAGGAGAUGACUGGUUUUCUGCACCCCCCUACUCCUAA